CCGCCCCUCUGCCGCUAUCUCGCACAUCACCUCCUGCCCACUCCACUCUCAGCGUCAAAACAUUCUGCUAGCAGUUACAUUGUGCGCAUUAAACAUCACUCGAGAUGAUUCUACAUAGGAGUUCUCGCUCGUGGGCUUCGUGGCGAAGACUCUUGCAUCAGCGAAACUUAAGUCGAGGGCUGACAUGCUUCUCCACAUUCAGCAACACCGGCGGAACCUCCUCCGGGCUGCAGGACACGGCUGACACGGUGAUCAUCGGGGGUGGCAUUGCAGGCACCAGCAUAGCCUACCACCUCGCCAGACAGGGCCAAAAGGAGGUAGUGCUGCUAGAGAAAACAGACCUGACGGCGGGCUCCACAUGGCACGCCGCGGGCCUCACCACUGCCUUCCAGGGCGUGGUGAACGCCAAGCGUCUCCACUACUACAGCCUCAACAUGUAUAGUCACCUGGCUCAAGAGACGGGGCAGGAGACUGGUCUGCACCUGUGUGGUUCCAUCAGACUGGCCACCACACCCACUCGCGUCGAUGAGAUGAAAUACCAAAUCUCCCGCUCGAACCAUCACGAGGCGCCCUUAUGUCUCCUCACUCCGGAGCAGGUCCUGGAGCACGUGCCCAUCGCUAACAUUGACAACAUCCUGAUGGGCCUGUACACACCCUAUGACGGCCACGUGGACCCCUACUCCCUGACGCAGGCCAUCGCUAAGGGCGCCCGAGGAUACGGCGCCAAAAUACUGCAGGGCAUAGGAGUGAAGGCGCUCAGACUGCGAGAAGACGGCAGGUGGCUCGUGACCACCACUCAGGGAGACGUGCUGGCAGACAGAGUGGUGAACGCUGCAGGUUUCUGGGCCAAGGAGGUAGCGAAGAUGGCUGGCUCAGACCUUCCUCUCGUACCCAACCACCACCAGUAUAUUGUUACUUCCACCGUGCCGGAGGUGAAGGCGCUUAAGAAGGAGAUCCCUGUCCUGAGGCACCUGGAGGGCUCUUUCUACCUGAGGAUGGAGCGAGAUGGCCUGCUGGUGGGGCCCUACGAGUCCGUGGAGACCAUGAGACAGUGUGAGGACUGGGUGAGGGACAGCGUGCCCAAAGGGUUUGGGAAGGAACUGUUUGAGCCAGAUCUGGAACGGCUAGAGCCCCACCUGGAAGUAGCAAUGGAGCUUGUCCCAUGCUUCGCCAACGCCAGCAUCCAGAGCGUGGUGAACGGGCCCAUCACCUACACCCCGGACGUGCUGCCGCUGUUGGGCCCAGACAUCCUACCCAAUAUGUGGCUCGCGGCGGGCUUCGGGUACGGCAUCGUGCACGGCGGAGGCAUCGGUAAGUUCUUAGCGGACUGGAUCCAGACGGGCGAACCUCCCUUCGAGUUGAACGAGUGCGACCCGCUGAGGUUUGGCUCCUGGGCCACGGACGACUAUGUGCUGGCCAAGGCGAGGGAGAGUUAUGGCAUGAACAACGCCAUCACCUUCCCACACGAGGAACGAUUUGCAGGCCGCCCCACCUGCAGAGUGUCCGGCGCCCAUGACCUGAUGGAGAAGCGCGGGGCUUGCAUGCACUUUCACAGCGGGUGGGAGCAGCCCGCCUGGUUCUGCCCAUCAGGCAAACCAGAGUACCAGCCCAGCUUCAGAAAGACCAACUGGCACUCUCCUGUGGAGAGCGAGGUGGAGCUGGUCAUGACCUCAGCUGGCAUCAUUGACCUCACGCCCUUCGCCAAGUUGCUGGUGGAGGGACCUGACGCCGAAGCCUUCCUCAACUACAUUACCGCCAACAAAAUUCCUAAGGUUGGCCGGACAGUCAUUACGCACAUCCUGACCUCCACCGGCCACGUGUACGCUGAACUGACGGUGACACGGACUAAGGAGGACUCGUUCCUAGUCAUCACGGGGUCAGGCGUGGAGAUGCAUGACCUUAGGUGGCUUCAGGAGCAGGCAAGGCAUGGCGGGUGGAAGGUAAGUCUUGCCAACCAGACGGACGACCUGGGCUGCCUGAGCGUGGCAGGGCCCAAGUCCAAGCAGAUACUGUCCAAGUUGUCACUAGCCUUCGAGGGAAAAUUCCCCUUCUUUUCUGCUAAGGAGGUGAACCUUGCUGGAAUAGAUCUACUGGCCAUGCGCCUCUCCUACACCGGUGAGCUGGGCUGGGAGCUCUACCACCCCCGCUCUCACUCCGCCAAGCUCUAUGAAGCUCUCCUGGACGCUGGCCACGAACAUGGUGUGGGAGACUUUGGCACACUGGCGCUUAACGUGAUGCGGCAGGAGAAAGGCUUCAAGAUGUGGGGCGCCGAGAUGAACAUGGAUACCACCAUAAUCGACGCGGGGCUUAUGUCAUUUGUCAACAUGAAGAAGGGUGACUUCGUGGGUCGUGCCGCUGUGAUGGAACUCCUGAAGCAACGACCCAAGCGCAUGUUGGUGCAACUCAAGGUGGACAGCGAGGACGUGGACCCACAUGGAGACGAGACCGUGUGGCUGUGCGGGAAGGUGGUUGGUAACACCACGAGCGGUUGCUUCUCCCACCACCUUCGCCAACCCAUCGCCUUCGCCUACCUGCCGCCCUUCCUCGCUUUGCCAGGCUGCGAGGUCCAGAUUGAGUUACUCGGUAACCUGUGCCCCGCCACAGUGCUGCCCGGGCCCCCAGUGUUGCCUCACACUGCUAGAGGGAAGGCUGCCAGAUAGGGGGCAGCUCACGUCUUUCCCGCCUCUUCCAGUGAAGCAGGACGACGGUGGGGGCAACUCAUGGCUCAAAGCUUCACCAAUAGUGUUCGGCGUGGUUUAGUUAUGCUAAGCUAGUGUGUAUGUAGUUCGAAUUGUUUAUUUGCAGUGUAUUUUGUUUUAUGAGUUUCAGGGAGCUUGUUGCGGUGGUGGUUGUGUUACAGCCACCACAGAAAGAGAGAGUAGAUGAAAUAAUACGAGAAAGAAAGGAGAAAUAGAGUAAGAGGAAGGCGAAGGAGCGGGAAACAGUGCAGCACGGCGCAGUGGUGCAGAAGGACGAGAAUCCCUGAGUGUUUGCAGCCGCCGUGUGUGCUCAAGGGUUACAGGUAUGGCAACAGGAGUGCAGAAAACUGGCUGGGAAACUCAGGCUGAACCACGAGAACUGUAUAUUACCAUACCUUUUGCUAUACUGCUGAUGUUAUUAUAAGUGAGA